GUUAAACAUUUCGUUACACUUGCUUUGAAACAAGUUCAAGUAGUAACGUCUGUAAGAGACGAGUACAGUUGUUUUUUUGAGUAACGCUAUGUGUUUGACAUGCGCACACACAGCCAGCAGCAGCAGCAUCGACCCACCGUCCGACACCGACACACCGCGAGGACGGAGACCGACAGAGCUAGAGGAUUGUCCAGCGGACUGCGUUAAACAUCCUCCAGCCAGCAUGCCUCCUGCUCAGAGCCUUCAAUCCAGCAGACUGACCCUCUCUGAAACAAGCAUAGGUUCCUUUAAGAGGAGGAAGAGGAAAUCCAUAAUAGUGUUGGUGUUGCUGCUCAUCGUAUCCGUGCUCAUCCUCAUCUUUGGCCUGGCAGCGACUACCAGGACGCAGAACAUCACAGUGGGCGGCUAUUACCCAGGAGUCAUUCUGGGCUUUGGCUCUUUUCUGGGAAUUAUCGGUGCUCAUUUGAUAGAGAACAAGAGGCAGAUGUUAGUGGCAUCCAUGGUCUUCAUUAGUUUCGGAGUGGUGGCCGCCUUCUGCUGUGCUAUUGUCGAUGGAGUGUUUGCUGCGAGGCAUAUUGACCUCAGGCCUCUGUAUGCUGGCCGCUGUGAGUAUCACUCUAGUGACACUUCACCUGAACGUGAUGUGUCCUGUCAGACGUCAUCGCGGAUAUCUUGUAACCUGCGCGUAAAGGGCAACACCUGUUACUGCUGCGACCUCUACACCUGCGGGAAAGAACAUCCUCUUAUGGGACUUCAGAAUAAAGAUGUUUUGAAAAAGUUUAGAAAAUCAUCCAUGAUUUGGAAGUCUAGCCGUGUAGAGAUGAUGGGAGGCUACCACGAAUACACCGACGUGAAGAGCUGCCAGGACGUGGUGCACCUCUAUCACCUGCUGUGGUCCGCUACAAUCCUCAACAUCAUCGCCCUCUUUCUGGGCAUCAUUACUGCGGCAGUGCUGGGAGGCUUCAAAGACCUGAUUCCCUCUGCUGCCUCAGAGAGUACAUCUGAACCAGAGGCCAUCACAGCUCCAGUCCACCCACAGCCUCCUCCAGCCACCACCACCAUCAACAACUCAUAUUACAACACUGCCCCCUGCCUGCCGCCUUACACUGCAUACGACCUGCAGGGCUCCUGCCUGUUCCCCGACUCCUCAGGUCUCUCAGACGACUCCCAGUCUGGAGCCAGCCACCUGUGGCCCACUAUGAUCCCUCCGCGCUACUCUCCUCCUCACAACCAUCCUGACGACAAGCCUCCACCGUACAGCCCAUGAUGCGGCUUCAAGCAAAGACGGCGCCUGAAACGUUGUCGGGUGUUUUUAGACUCCGAAUGCACUGUUCCUCCGAGCUUUUCCUCACAAUCUUUGAGAACUGUGUUGAAGGAAAGGUGGUGAGGAAGAGGAGGACGACCACGGAUCACACUCACUUUGAGUUCAGCCCAAAACACUGAGUGUUUGUCUCCCUGGGCACCACUCACACUCAUGCCUGCACUGUGUGUGUGUUUGUGUGCAUCUACACAUCGAGAGACAACCGGAUCAAAGCCACGACUGUUUACACAUUUAUCUGCCUUAAUGCUUCCAGCGCUGCAGCUCUUGGUCUCCUGGACUUAUUCUGUGCGAAAACUCCAAAACUCUCCUCCAGCUCAUGCUUUAAAUUUACUUCUCUUUAGUUCAUAUUGUAAAUACUUCAUGCCUCGAGCGGCAAAGAGGAUGACGUCCUCACUGUUUGCAGUUUGGAUCUGGACUGAUGCUCACAGUCACGACCUUCAUGUGGGAUCGAAAAUUAAAAACUGUAGUUGUCGGCCAAAGCACUUUCUUUCGCCGUUUGGUAGCAAAGUAGACAGUAAUGGAGGUAUUACAUGCUCGUAAUGUAUGUACAGCAGUAUGGUAUACAGAUGCUCCUUGAGCAGUUAAGACUAAGGUAUCCGAACAGAUCAUGGUAUCUAUUUAUCAACUCUUCAGUUUAUGUUCCAAAAUAUCUUGAUCAAUGUGUGGUGCACUUUGCAGAGCAACGUUUAUGAAGAAAUAAGUUAUUCUGCAGUAGAUGUUGAGGAAGGACGGUUAAGUUAAGUUGUACUUCAAACCCUAUUUAUUGUCUUUUAACUAAAAGCUGCCAAGAAGGUAAACAUAUAUCUAUCUCUCUUUGUAAGUAGUCGUAAUGUCACAUCUAUGAGUUUAAAAGUGUUGUCUCUGUCAGGCCGAGUGUGGACAGUCAGUGCUGGAUUCACUGACAUGAGAUGGGAGAUAAUGAAGAGUCAAAGGGACUGUUGUUCACUGAGGAAGAGAGAAGAAGAGUCAACUUAGUCCAUGAGACAGGUCUCUGUCAGCUUUAAUCACUGCUUUUCAUGAUUUAAACACAUUCUCAGGGGCUGAUUGUCAGUUCCUUUGUCUUGCCAUUAAAAAAUGUUUUGUGUAAUUCAAA